AUUCCAUUCAAUUUCUCCAACUUGUCACUGUGAAGCUUCAAAAAUGUUCCUGAGAACCGCAGUUCGUUUGGCCAAGCGAGCGUUUACGCCCCAAAGAAGAAGCUUGGUGCUGAAUGUGGACCAAUUGUACGACGAGAGCGUUUAUAAGCUCCAUCUGCUGGACCAAGGACCCUCUCACACCUCGGAGCUGAGUAAAUCGGUCGCUCUAACAUGUUUCGAGCGCAUGGACCUCGUCAGGAAGGUGGAAAACACUCUGGCCCAGCUGUACAGGGAGAAAAAGAUACGGGGCUUUUGUCACCUUUACGUGGGACAAGAGGCGGUAGCAGUCGGAAUAUUUCAGAUAAUGCGCCCCCAGGACACCAUUAUCACCUCAUACAGGUGCCACGGUUGGGCCGUGUUAAAAGGGGGCAGUGUGGCCUCAGUAUUCGCGGAGCUACUAGGUCACGUGACCGGUCUAUCGAGAGGCAAGGGAGGUUCCAUGCACCUCUACGCUCCCAGAUUCUUCGGAGGGAACGGCAUAGUCGGAAGCCACGUGCCUCUUGGUGUCGGCAUAGGGUUCAAGCACCACUAUCUCAAGGAAGAUGCCAUUUGUGUGACCCUUUUUGGAGACGGGGCAGCCAAUCAAGGACAAGUUUUCGAAGCAUUUAACUUGGCCAAGCUGCAGGAUGCUCGUAUACUCUUCGUGGUAGAGAACAACAUAUAUGGCAUGGGCACAUCCACUAUGAGGAGUUCGGCGAAUACGGAGCUCUAUAGGCAAUGCGCUUACCUCCCCGGAAUUAGGGCCUCCGGCAUGGAUAUUUUGAGCAUCAUGGAGUGCACCAAGUUCUGUUUCGAUCACAUUAAAGCGGGCAAGGGGCCCAUCGUUUUGGAGCUUAUGACGUACAGGUACUUUGGACACUCAAUGUCCGAUCCAGGUACGAGUUACCGAGACAGGGAGGAAAUCCAAACGGUACGCGAGAAGAAAGACUGCAUCGCCCACAUUAAAAAGCUGAUUCUGGACAGCAAGUUGGCCUCAGACGCCGAACUGAAGGAGAUAGAGACGAAAAAUAAGGAAUUCGUUGCUAAGGAGCUCGAGGCGGCUUCAAAGGGCACCGAUCCUCCCCUAGAGGAGCUGGUGGCUGACGUGUACUCGAAUUACCCGGACCGCAUGAGGAUCCCGCCCAUGCUCACCUGGAUGCCAUACAAGACUAUUGCCCAUUACGAUAAAAAAUAAUUUUAAUUUUUAAUUAAGUUUUUAACGAAUAUACACGUAUACUCUAAUA